AUGGGGUCAACAAUUGAGCAGUCGGUAUAUCCUCCCAGCAAGAGGACAAGUAGGGAGAAGACAUCAUUGCAGCAGAGAAGGACUGGACUUUUCUCAGGGUUCACUAAUUUAUCAAAAAGCAGAUGUGGACAUACUAAUCAGACAUUGUUUGACGAUCAGAGUAUCUCACAAGAAAGCUUUCCUGAUGAACCAGUUUUGACCAAUACUGCUGAGACUCCAGUUACUAAAGAUCCACAAUCAUCUGCAACUAUUCCUCCAAAACAAGGACAACAGAAUACAGCACCAAGUCUUUUAGACUCCGAUUCUUCAGAAAACUCUGAUGAUCUAUGGGAUUGUUCGAGUAACGAAGGUGGCGACAAAAGUUCUGAGGAAGAUUCAUGUGACGAUACUAUUUCGGAAGUACAAAAACGUGAUGCGAAGAUGAAAUUUGGUUUUGUGACCCAAGCUGAAAAAGCUUUCGCAGCCAUGAUUGAUCGUUUACAAAAGAAGAUGCCACUGGUUUCUGGCUCCCAAACUAUAGCGUGCGCAGAAAGAAACAAAGUUAAAGAAAGACGUUUUCCAUUAACAAAGGAAAAGUCUGCAGUUUCAGUUCCAUUACUUCCAGUUGUCAGUGAACUGAAUCAAGAAGAUAAAGAAUACAAGGAUGACGGUGAUCUGACCAAUAAAUGCCCUAAAUGUGGAGCUAUGUUUUGGUAUAAUGAAAGGGUUAGUAAGAGCAGGAAAACCAGAGUACCUGUCUUCACCAUGUGUUGUAUGCGAGGAAAAAUCAAGCUUCCAGUUCUGCAGGAACCACCAGCUCUUCUACAUGGUCUCCUUACUAAGAAUGAUCCUAUCAGCAAACAUUAUCAAGACAAUAUUAGGGUAAAUAUGAUGUUCUCUUUCACAUCUCUUGGAGGGAAGAUUGAUAACUCAGUCAAUAUGGGUAAAGGUCCCAAGAUUUUUAAACUUCAUGGAGAGAAUUAUCACCUUAUUGGCAGUGUCAAACCAAGAGCCGAUGAACCAGCAAAGUUUUCACAAUUGUAUAUUCACGAUACAGAAAACGAAGUUCGGAAUCGGUUAUCAGCCUUGAGCGGGACUUCCGAAAACAGCAAGAUCAGAGAAGAUUUGGUUAAGGCUAUUAUGAACAUGCUAAGGGUCUCAAAUGUUCAUGUAAAGUCUUUCAGGAAUGCAAUGGACAGAUUUAAUAAUGAAGAAGAGCAGCAAGAGUUAUCUCUCAGGCUCAUUCACAGUCGUCUUAAAGAUGGUCGUGUCUACAAUCUACCUACUUCUUCUGAGGUCGCUGCUCUGGUUGUUGGAGAUUUUCAAGAAAACAUGGACAAACGUGACAUCAUUUUGGAGAAGAAUUCUGGAAAGCUUAAAAGGAUCAAUGAGUUGCAUCCUUGCUAUCUUCCACUUCAAUAUCCACUCAUAUUUCCAUAUGGAGAAGACGGUUUCCGUUUAGGUAUUCAGCAUGGAUACACGGGGAUCACUAAAAACAAAAAACCUAAUAUAAGUAUGAGGGAGUUCUUCGCAUACCGUAUUAUGGUCCGUGAGGGUGGGUCGCAGGUACUUCUACUCUCACGCCGGUUACUGCAACAGUUUCUGGUGGAUGCAUAUACUAUGAUAGAGAGUCAUCGUCUAAGGUACAUUCGGAAAAACCAGUCAAACCUCAGGACAUUGAAAUUUAGCAAGUUCGUACAGGCUGCACACGAUGGACAUUCUGAUGUGUCUAUUGAAGGAAAUCGUAUCUUCAUUCCAUCAUCAUUUACAGGAGGUCCCAGCUUGAUGGAUGAUCUAACAAAGAAGCACUUACUUGGAAAGACAGUCUCUGCGAUAUACACUAUAGAGUUUCAGAAAAGAGGUCUUCCACAUGCUCAUAUUCUUUUGUUCAUGGACUCUAACCACAAACUACCAGAUCCUGAAGAUAUAGACCGCAUCAUCUCAGCAGAAAUUCCUGAUAAAACCUUAGAGCCAAGAUUAUAUGAUGUUGUGAAGGACAUGAUGAUUCAUGGUCCAUGUGGUAAGGCUAAUAGAGUUUCUCCAUGUAUGCAAGAUGGCAAGUGUUCCAAAUUUUUUCCUCGAAAACAUGUCGAGAAGACCACUGUCGAUGCUCAAGGGUAUCCUGUUUAUAGGAGAAGAGACAAUGGGUGUUACAUUGAGAAGAAAAACAUUCCAUGUGAUAAUCGCUUUGUGGUGCCUUACAACAAGGAGUUAUUACUUGCGUAUAAUGCUCAUAUUAACGUGGAAUGGUGUAACCAGUCGCGGUCAAUUAAAUACUUAUUUAAGUACAUUAACAAAGGACAAGACCGUAUAACAGGAACUGUUACUCAGGCAUCUAAUGUUGAGCCGACUAUAGCAGAAACCGGUCACAAUACAGCAGCUGCAGAAGGUGAUAACAACGGCGCCGUAGGUGAUGUGUCUGCUGCAGCGGAAGUGGAACCAACUAUAGAUGAAAUUAAAAAAUAUUUUGAUGCAAGGUAUAUUUCUGCUUGCGAGUCUUCAUGGAGAAUUCUAGCUUUCCCAACACAAUACCGUUCAACACCCGUGGAGAAGCUUACAUUUCAUCUUGAGGGAGAACAACCAGUUGUUUACAAGCUAGGUGAUUCAGUUCAGAGUGUACUGGCACGAGUGCAACAGACAAAGACUAUGUUUUUAGCUUGGUUUGAUUGUUGUGAUAGAUACCCUGAAGCUAGAGAAAUUACAUAUCCAGAAAUGCCCACCCGAUUUAUAUAUGAUGCUAAACAGAAGGUAUGGAACCCAAGGAAAAAAGGUUUUGCAGUAGGAAGGCUGACACACGUUGCUCCAAAUUCUGGCCAACGUUAUUAUCUUAGAGUACUGAUUACCAAGGUGAAGGGUGCCAGAUGCUAUGCUGAUAUCAGGACAGUUAAUGGUGUUGUCCUACCUACUUAUGAAGAUGCAUGUUAUGAGCUUGGUCUGUUGGAUGAUGACAAAGAGUAUAUUGAGGGUUUGAAAGAAUGUAGCUAUUGGGCAUCAGCAAGUUCGCUGUAUAAUUGGGAUGCAAUGCCCAAACCCGUGCACGUUGACGACUCUUCUCAUGAGAACAAUCUUUUGCAAGAGGAGCUUAACUACUCGAGGGAAACACUGCGAGUUCAACACAAUGAGUGGAUUACACAGUUGACGGUCGAGCAAAGGUCAGUUUACGAUCAGAUACUGCGCUCUGUUCAUACUGGUGAUGGUGGAGUUUUUUUUGUAUACGGGUUUGGUGGAACUGGGAAAACAUUUUUGUGGAAUGUUCUUUCAGCUGCACUCCGGUCAAAGGGAGAUGUUGUUCUUAAUUGUGCAUCUAGCGGUAUUGCAUCUUUGUUGCUGCCAGGUGGGAGGACCGCCCAUUCCAGAUUUGGAAUUCCUAUAAACCCACAUGAGUUUUCAACCUGCAACAUAGAACCUGGAAGUCAUCAGGCUGAAGUGGUUAGGAGGGCUUCUCUUAUAAUUUGGGACGAAGCACCUAUGAUGAGCAAACUUUGCUUUGAGGCUUUGGAUCGUACUUUAUGUGAUCUUAUGAAGACUACUGAUGGAAGACCUUUUGGUGGAAAAGUUGUUGUCUUUGGGGGUGAUUUUCGGCAAAUACUACCAGUUAUUCCAGGAGGGAACCGAGCUGAUAUUGUUAUGGCAACGCUAAAUUCCUCCUAUUUAUGGAAGUACUGCAAAGUGCUAGAGCUAACAAAGAAUAUGCGGCUUUUUUCCGAGACAGAUCCUCAAAAAGCUGAGGAGAUUAAACAAUUUUCUGACUGGAUUUUGGAUGUAGGUGACGGUAAAAUUAAUGAGCCAAAUAGUGGGGAAACUAUGAUUGAUAUUCCUAAAGAUCUGCUUAUUACCGAGUGCACUGAUCCGAUUGAAGCUAUUGCGUCGGCUGUUUAUGGCAAUGCUUUCAAAGAUUCUAAGGAUCCAUUGUUUUUCCAGGAAAGAGCUAUUUUGUGUCCUACCAACGAAGACGUUGAUGUUGUUAACAACUAUAUGCUUGAUCGUCUACCAGGUGAGGAGAUGACUUAUUUUAGUUCAGAUAGUGUUGACCCGUCUGACAUAAGAUGCAAGGAUGACUCUACCUUCUCUCCAGAGUUUCUGAACAGUAUCAAAGCAUCAGGCUUACCUAAUCAUGUUCUAAGGCUUAGGAUUGGUACACCAGUGAUGGUGCUAAGAAAUUUAGACCCUACGGAAGGUUUAUGUAAUGGAACAAGGUUGCAGAUUACUCAUCUUGGAAAACAUCUACUUCAAGCAAAAAUUAUUACCGGAACUCAAGUUGGAGAGAAGGUUUUUUUACACCGAAUCUUGAUAGAGCCUUCAGAUACCAAGCUUCCUUUUAAGAUGAGGCGUAGGCAGUUUCCUUUGAAAGUUGCGUUUGCUAUGACCAUCAACAAGAGCCAGGGUCAAACACUAUCUACUGUUGGUCUGUUCCUACCCCGACCUGUUUUUUCACAUGGUCAAUUGUAUGUGGCUGUGUCAAGGGUUAAAUCUCGGAAGGGACUGAAGAUUUUGAUUACUGACAAGGAUGGAAAACCUCAAGAGUCAACCAUGAACGUAGUUUUCAAACAAGUUUUCCAAAACCUCUUUGAUGAGUCGCAAUGA